UGCGUGUACCUGCAGGAUGACUCGGGUGCGAUGCCGGACUACACCCAGAUGAGGAAGGUGGAGCUGCAGCCGGGGACGGCCUAUAAGUUCCGCGUGGCGGGGAUCAACAUCUGCGGCCGCGGCGCCUUCUCCGAGGUGUCGGCGUUUAAAACGUGUCUCCCCGGUUUCCCCGGCGCGCCGUGCGCCAUCAAGAUCAGCAAGAACCUGGACGGGGCCCAGCUCACCUGGGAGCCUCCGGCCGUCACGUCGGGCCAGAUCACGGAGUACUCGGUGUACCUGGCCAUCCAGUCCAGCCAGGCGGCCUCCGGCUCCGGUUCCGGCCCGGCCCAGCUGGCCUUCAUGAGGGUGUACUGCGGCCCCAGCCCGUCCUGCCUGGUCCAGGCCUCCAGCCUCGCCAACGCCCACAUCGACUACACCACCAAGCCCGCCAUCAUCUUCCGCAUCGCCGCCCGCAACCAGAAGGGCUACGGGCCCGCCACGCAGGUCCGGUGGCUCCAAGAAAGCAGUAAAGACGCCAAAGCAGCCGUGAAGAGACCCGCAGCUUCUCCUGAUGGUAAACCUGCCGGGCCAAAGAAGUUCAAAACCGACCAAUAGGAGGAGCCGGCCUUCUGCCGAGGACUGUGAUUGGUCACCGCCUCGUGGCCGGUUGCCUCGGCUACGAGGGAGGAGGAGGCGGGGCUCUGACGAAACAAAAGAGACUUGUAGGAUAUUUGUACAUUAUCAACCAAUCAGAACUCUUCUUUUCUUACGCUGAAGUUUUUUGGACGUCAUGGAGACGGCGAGGGGGGCGGAGCCAACAGCUUUUCUUCUUCUAGUGGAAUUAAUAAGGUUUGAGUUAAUUAAAUGUAGAAGUAGCCCUAUGACGUAUUGAUGAAGGUCAAAGGUCACGGUGCUGUGGGGGGGGGGAGGCAGGGAGGGGGGGUUAAACCAGCUCUGCUGUAAAUUAUUUUCUUUUUCUUUA